AUGACAGAUGAAACAAAUAUGGAUCAUCAAUUGGCAAUAAAAAUUGGUGAAUUAAGUAUGGGUAUGAAGACAACAUUUACAACUGAACUUGCUAAACAAUUGGGGAUAAUUCGUCUAGAUCAAGAUCGAAUUGAUAAUGAAGAACUCGCUACACUUCAAAGAAUAGCAGAACAAAAAGCACAAGAAGCAAAGACAGCAGCAGAAAAGAAACUCAAUGAACUUAAAAGAAAGCGUCCCUAG